UUUUAAAUCGGUCGUCACGUGAUAAAUCUCACAUGAUAAUAAAAAUGGCUGCUACCAACAAAUUUUCAUCCACCCGUGAACAUCUAUUUAAAGUAUUAGUGAUAGGGGAGUUUGGCGUCGGCAAGACAUCUAUUAUCAGAAGAUACGUAGACGGACAUUUCAACCCAAAUUACAAACUAACCAUUGGUGUCGACUUUGCUUUGAAAUCAAUAGAAUGGGAUACAGAUACAAAAGUGAAUUUACAAUUAUGGGAUAUAGCUGGACACGAGCGGUUUGGUCACAUGACAAGGGUUUACUACAAAUACGCAAUAGCUGCAAUAAUUGUAUUUGACUUAUCAAGACCAGCAACUUUCGACUCUAUACCAAAGUGGUUGAAUGAUGUAAAUUCUAAAGUUAUGUUGUCAAAUGAGGAUCCUGUUCCAGUCAUACUACUAGCUAACAAGUGUGAUGUUGAAGAUGUUACAAUAGAUGAAAAGAAAAUAAGUGACUUUUGUCAAGCUCAUAAUAUUGUUAAGUGGUAUCAGACAUCUGCAAAGGAUAAUGUUAAUAUAGAUGAAGCUAUGAAGUUGUUGAUAGAUUAUAUCUUAAAGUUACCGGCAGAAAAUCAGCAACCAGAAGAACACAUUACACUCCCAAGCCGCAGACAUAGCAAUACAAACCCCGGUAAUACGUAUGAGGAAUCAUUUGAAGAAGACGAUACCGGCAGACAAAAACAGUCCCAGUGUUGCAGUUGAUACUGUUUUUAAUGUUAGUAGUAACUAUAUAGACUGAAAAGGUCUGAUUGUUUUGGCCCCCUUAAACUAAAAAACGGACGCAAUCUUAGAAACGCCUUUCGAGAAAUAAGAGGAUCGUUUUAAUCAUAACUUCUUUUACCUUUCCUACAGAUGUUACUAUAUUGCUAAUUUAUUAAGUUAAUUGUUAAAAUGAUGUACACAUCAAAAAGAAAAACAAUCACCACUUAACAAUCACCACUUCAAAUUAGUUAUUCCAAUAAUGCUGUAUUGUUGUGGAAUGCAAUUAAAUAAAAGUAAAAAGGUUUGGAUGCUCACUAUAUGAGCCGUGUCAUGACAAAACCAACAUAAUGGGUUUGCGACUAGCAUGGAUCCAGACCAGCCUGCGCAUCCGCGCAGUCUGAUCAGGAUCCAUGCUGUUCGCUAUCAGUUUCUCUACUUGUAAUAGAGUUUUUAAGCGAACAGCAUUGAUCCUGAUCAGACUGCGCGGAUGAGCAGGCUGGUCUGGAUCCAUGCUGGUCGCAAACCCAUUAUGUUGGUUUUGUCAUGGCGCGGCUCAUAUCUUAAAUAUAUCGCCUGUGGGCCAGAUGGAACAAGUCUUUGCCACCAGUAGAGUGCUAGGCAAGUUUGUGCUUCCUGGCUUUCUGACAAAUCCCUAUACUAUUGUUAGCUCAUGUUUUGUAUUGAAAUUUUGACGACCAAUAAUCUUUGUAUGUAUUAGUCCUAAUUUCAAAAAUGGACAGAUUAAGGGUAAAUACAAUUAGAAAGCUAUCUUCAUGUUUUAACUAAGCUCUAUGAUUUCAUUUUAUUGUGUUAAAUUUAGUUUCGUAAGUAUAUAUUUUAAUAGAAAAUAUGUUCAGACAUGAUUACGUAAUAACCGAUUUUCAUAUUUUGUAGUUUUUAUUGUUGUCAAGUAAUUUGUUGCCUGAAUACAAAUAAAUAAUUUGUGUCGAAUGUAAAUCACAUGUGUUUUUAGGUAUAUAGUUAAAGUAGAAUGAAAUAUCUAUAACAGAAAUUAAUAAAUCAAUGGUCCUUUUGCUCCUUUUGUAUGGAUUUCAAUGCUUUGCUUAUACAAUUAAACAUUACUUGUUUUUCAUUUCUUUUGAUAAUAAUUUCCAUUUGACCUGACAGUGUUUUAUCAGAUGUGGCAAUGAUUUCAUUACUGUCGUAUUCAGACACUUUAUUUGUAUACAUGAUUUAAAAUUAUAGUUUAACGUAUCAAUAUUGUACUUGAGCUUGUACAUUUGGAAAUAUCAUACAAUUUGCAAACGAAACUGAAUGUUGUUUUGCUAUUUCUUUAGCCAGUUUUCGUCUCAUAGAUGUUAUUUUACAAAAGUUUUAUUGUCUUCUUCUGAGAAUUUAGUUAUUUGUACCCGUCUUAAAAAUGAAAUAUAUUAAUAUAUUUAUGUAUAUAAUUACGAGAUCUCAGAUUGUCUCUAAAGCAAGAUGUCUUAAUAUAUUACCAAGUGUUUUUCUCUCAUUCUGUUAGGCUGUAUAUAAAUUAUGUAAAUGCAUUAUGUGCAAUGUUUCAAAUAAAAGUGUUUUACAAACA